AGCUAAUUAGCUCAGCAUAUAACAAAGAUAAGUGAGCCAGGGAGAAGGACCCCCGGAAGGGUCUUUUGAUUCUGGGUAAUGUCUGAUUGGCAGAUGUUAAAAGAGAAGCGUUAGUAAUCCAGAGCAUCAAUGAACUGCACAAAGUCAGUACAGGACUGGAAUAAUUCAGGCAUGAGGAUACUUUGUGGGUACACUCUGGAAAAGCAGAACCAGGAUGGACAGAACCUUGGAGUCUCUGCAAUAUUUAAUUGCCCAAGUACUGCCUCAUAGAGACCCUGCCCUUGUAUUUAAAGACUUGAAUAUCGUAGCAAUGCUGCAGGAAUUCUGGGAGAACAAACAGAAACAGAGAGCUGUAUUUCCAAGUGAAGGCACAGUAGUGUAUGAGUCGUUAAACUCUCCUGGUCCUCCAUUUGUCAGUUUUGUCACCCUACCUGGAGGAAGCUGUUUUGGCAACUUUCAGUGCUGCUUAAGCAGAGCAGAGGCAAGACGAGAUGCUGCAAAAGUGGCUCUAAUCAACUCUCUGUUCAAUGAAUUGCCCUGUCGCAAGAUCACAAAGGAAUUCAUUAUGGAAAGUGUUCAGGAAGCUGUUUCCUCAACCAGUGGUACUUCAAGUGAUGCUGAUGACCCAAGCACAAGCAUCGGGGCUUAUCAUUAUAUGUUGGAGUCAAACAUGGGGAAAACUAUGUUAGAAUUUCAGGAGCUGAUGAUAGUCUUUCAGCUGCUGCAUUGGAAUGGAAGCCUUAAAGCCCUACGUGAAACAAAGUGCUCCCGUCAGGAAGUAAUUUCCUAUUAUUCCCAGUAUUCCUUAGAUGAAAGGAUGAGAAGUCAUAUGGCCCUGGACUGGAUUAUGAAGGAGCAAGACUCUCCAGGAAUUAUUUCCCAAGAGUUACAAGUGGCACUGCGAGAGCUGGAGGAAGCCAGGAAAGCUGGACAAGAAUUGCGGUUUUACAAAGAAAAGAAGGAAAUACUGAGUUUAGCACUAAGCCAGAUCUACAGCGACCAAGUUACCUCAUCCUCAACUGAUGAUCAAAUGGGCCUGACCCUAAGUGGCUAUCACUAGCACAACCCUGCUG